AUGUGCUGCGGCCAUCCCAUUUACUCCUACACUGAUUCAAUGAUACCCUUCCGUUGCUCUAUGGAAGAUUUCUGGAGCCUCACUGAGCUUGUGGCUAUCAAGUGGAUCAAACUGUUGUCUUUUGCCUUUUUGAUCUCUUACUUAGUCACAUCAUAUAAGAGUAAGCCGGAUCUCAAUAUCCUGCCGUAUAACAACGUAAAGGCUCAGCUUAUUAUCGGCUUGGACAACAUCAAAAUAACUGCACCCCUGGAGAUACGAGAAGGUGAAAACGACGACGUCAUAGCAGCGCGAAGCAGACUAGGAUGGUCUGUAUAUGGCCGCCCUAUGGUGGGUGAAAGCACCACGCCUCGUCUGCUACAUAUUUGCCAGUGCAGUGCGACACGUGGGAUGGAUGAGGCUCUGAAGAGCUAUUUUGCCCUGGAGUCACUAGGUGUGAGCGUCUCCUCAAAUCCGCUGAGAUCCAGAGAGGACGAACGCUCGAUGCAGAUAAUGGAGGCAACAACAACUUAUCUGGAAGACGAAAAGCGCUGGCAGACUGGCUUGCUAUGGCGGUUUGAUCGCAUUCAUAUGCCAGACUCUUACCAGAUGGCGGUUAAGCGCCUUAAAUGUCUAGAGGCAAAGAUGUUCAAAGACCCACCACUAAAGGAGUUCAUGAUGAACACGAUGCACGACUAUAAACAGAAAGGAUAUAUCCGCCGGCUGAAGGAUAGUGAGUUAGUAGCUAACACGAUGUCGUGGUUUCUUCCUAUCUUUACAGUCACCAAUCCGAACAAGCUAAAGACACGCUUGGUAUGGGAUGCAGCCGCCAAAGUUAGUGGCACGUCGCUGAACGAUUGUUUGCUUAAAGGUCCAGAUACACUAGCAUCUUUGAUGGGCGUGCUAAUACGCUUCAGAGAGCGCCCUAUCGCCGUAUCCGGCGACAUACGGGAAAUGUUUCAUCAGGUCAAGGUGCGCCGAGAAGACCAAGCGGCUCAGAAGUUUCUCUGGCGUGAUGGAGAUUCGUCGCGCUCUCCCGAAACGUACGUUAUGCAAGUCAUGACGUUCGGAGCAUCCUGUUCGCCAGCCCUAGCAAAUUACGUCAAGAAUCGCAAUGCCGAGCGGUUCGUAGCGGAGCAUCCGGAUGCCGUAAAGGCGAUUUGCGAAAACACAUUUGUAGACGACUGGCUGCAGUCGGUAGAUUCAGAAUCCCAAAUGAUGCAGUUAGCUGAGACUGUAAAAAGGAUUCAUGCUAGUGGCGGUUUCGAGAUGCGCCACUGGACAUCAAAUUCAAAGCAAGUUAUGCAGGCGCUGGAAGACGACUGUGAGGGCUUGGACAAGCGUAUCAGCGCUCAGGAUGAAGCGCAAGAAAAGGUCCUGGGCCUGUGGUGGCUACCUGGACAAGAUCUGUUGACCUUUGUGGUAAAGCCGAACUUGCUUGCAAAAGCAUCUAAGGAGCGCCCAACUAAAAGACGCGUUCUAAGCGUGGUCAUGUCUAUUUUCGACCCGCUUGGGCUGCUAGGAUUCUUUAAUAUACGCGCCAAGAUCAUCCUUCAGAACAUAUGGCGAUCCAACAUCGGAUGGGAUGACGACCUUACCAAAGAAGACGAAGUGGAUUGGCGACACUGGCUAGAUCUAGUUUCAAAGUUGAAUACCGUCCGUAUUCCACGGUGUAUGAAGUGGGUGAGCCGAACCCAGACUGUACAGAUGCACACAUUCGUGGACGCCAGUAUUAAUGCUUAUGCAGCAGUUGUAUAUUUGCGGGCUGAACAUGAUGGCCAAGUACAUUGCAGUUUAGCCGCCUCAAAAACGAGAGUAGCACCCUUGAAGCCCGUGUCUAUACCUCGUAUGGAACUAAUGGCCGCAGUCUUAGGUCUGAGACUGGCCAAAUGUAUCCAAAAUGAAACGUCGGUACGCAUACAUAGACGAACAUUUUGGACGGAUUCAAAGGACGUGCUCUACUGGAUCCAGUCCGAUGCUCGAAAGUUCCAACAAUUCGUAGCGCUUCGCAUCGGAGAGAUUUUAGAAGAAUCAGAUGUGGACAGCUGGCGCUGGGUCCCAUCAGCUCAAAACGUGGCAGACGAUGGCACAAAAUGGACCAAAACGCCCGAAAUUCACGGCUCGACCAGGUGGUUCAAUGGACCACCAUUUUUGUAUCUAGAAGAAUCGCAGUGGCCACGCACAGAAAAGGGCUCGGCAAUAAACAUGUUAUACCAUGCUGAAGAACAAGCCAAUCACACGUCCUCUUGGAGAUGUAUCCUGCCGGAUCUGCAGCACUUCAGCAAGCUGGAGAAAUUGAGAGCCGCACAGCUAUGCGUACUGGAUUUCCUACGGAUUGUUACUAAGAAGACCAAAUUGGACGGGCGAUUAGAGCCUAACUAUAAACUAUUGUUGAGAAAGCAAAGAAGAUAUUAG